CAUCGCGCCCAUCCCUGCGGCAUGGAGAGCCGGCGCCUGUCCUCCUACGGCCGCCGCUUCGGCCCCUCCAUCCCCGUGUACCGGGUGCUCGCCGCCAGCCCCCCGGGCCGGCUCCGGGCACCCCGCAGCACCCAGCUGAGUCCCCGCCUGGGUCCCCGCCUGGGCUCGGGCAAGAUGGACUUCUCGCUGGCCUCGGCGCUCAACUCGGAGUUCAGGGAGACGCGCACCAACGAGAAGGUGGAGAUGAUGGAGCUCAACGACCGCUUCGCCAGCUACAUCGAGAAGGUGCGGCUGCUGGAGCAGCAGAACAAGGUGCUGGUGGUGGAGCUGAACCAGGCGCGGGACCAGGAGCCCUCGCGCACGGCCGACAUCUACCAGGAGGAGCUGCGGGACCUGCGGCGCCACGUGGAGCAGUUGGCCACCGCCAAGGCCCGGCUGGAGAUGGAGAGAGACAACCUGGCCGAGGACCUCGGCAGCCUCCAGCAGAAGCUGCAGGAUGAGGUGACCCUGAGGCUGGAGGCCGAGAGCAACCUGGCUGCCUACAGGCAGGACGUGGACAAUGCUGCCUUGGCUCGCCUGGACCUGGAGCGGCGCGUGGGGACCCUGCAGGACGAGAUCGCCUUCCUCCGCAAGGUCCACGAGGAGGAGCUGCGGGAGCUGCAGGAGCAGCUGGCCCGGCAGCGGGUGCACGUCGAGGUGGACACGAGCAAGCCGGACCUGACGGCCGCCCUGCGCGACAUCCGCAGCCAGUACGAGGCCAUGGCCGCCAGCAACGUCCAGGAGACCGAGGAGUGGUACAAGUCCAAGUUCGCGGAUCUGACGGAUGCGGCCGCCCGGCACGCCGAAGCCUUGAGGCUGGCAAAGCAGGAGGCCAACGAGUACCGGCGCCAGCUCCAGGCCCUCACCUGUGACCUGGAGGCUCUGCGGGGCUCGAACGAGUCCCUGGAGAGGCAGCUGCGGGAGCUGGAGGAGCGCUACGCCCUGGAGACGGCCGGCUACCAGGACACGGUGGUGCGGCUGGAGGAGGACAUCCGCAGCCUCAAGGAGGAGAUGGCCCAGCACCUGCAGGACUAUCAGGACCUGCUCAACGUCAAGCUGGCCCUCGACAUCGAGAUUGCCACAUACCGCAAGCUGCUGGAGGGCGAGGAGAGCAGGAUCACCAUCCCUGUGCAGAGCUUCUCCAACCUGCAGAUCCGAGAGACCAGCCUGGACACCAAAUCCGUGUCAGAAGCCCAUGUGAAGAGGAGCAUCGUGGUCAAAACUGUGGAAACCCGAGAUGGAGAGGUGCUGAAGGAGUCCAAGCAGGAGCACAAGGAGGUGCCGUAGGGCGGGGGAGCCGCAGCCGCGCAGGUCCCGCCCGCUGCCGCGCAGGAGCCCCGGGCCGGGCACGGGGCAGGGAGGGACCGGUGCCGCUUCGGCGGGGGCACCUCCCUGCCGUGCACCCCUCGCCUCUCCCACCUGCCCCCGUGCCCAGAGCCCCGUGGCACCCCGGUAGGGGCUGGCAGCCAGCAGAGCACCCGUCGGAGCGGGCAGCACCCGGGGGAGUCCAGCGGGUCCGGGCGGAGCCGAGCUCCCCGCCGGGAUGCUGCCGCAUUCCCACGGCACGGGGUGAGCCGUUCCUGCCGCAUCCUGGGUCUCCAGGGAGGGAGUCUGUCCUGUUUCGAUCUCAGUGCACCGUCAGACAACACGAUGGUGCCAAGAGCAUCUCCCUGCAUCCACUCUCUGGUCUGGGAGACCUCCCCGGAUCUCCCCAGUGCACCCAGUCCCUGGGCACUCUUGGGUGGGGGGGAUGCAGGGUGCGAGGUACCGGCUGGAGAGGGACAUUUCCCUGUCACCAAGCACUGGGUGAGCUCAGCUGGGAGGCAGGGGCAGGAAGAAGAGGAGCAUGGAGAGGCAGGGGUGGAGGAAGAGGAGGGGGGUGGAGAAGCAGGAUGCUCUUGGGAUGGUGUCAAGGGGUGACAAAAUGAGGAUCAGGAGGGGUUCCUGAGGGUGCUGGGGUGUUUGGGGUGGGUUGUGGGGGCUACACAGUGGCCUCAAGGACUUCUCCUGGCACAGAGCCACGGGGCUGUCCUGAUCCCACUGGGUGAUUGUCACCAAGGUGUCCCCAACACUGGUGGGGAAAAACCAGACCUGAGUGGCUCGUGGUGAGGGUGACCCACGGCCCUGUGGCUGGGGAGUCCCACGCAGGUGAAAAUGGACAGGAGAGGGGUGCAGAGGAGGAGGAGGAAGGUGUUGGGGCCCCUGUGAGGGUCCCACAGCACGAGGUGCCACCUGCAACCCAGGAGUGACAGGGGAGUCUCGUCACUUGGGGGUCACACUGGGAGCCAGGGGCUCUGGGGACUGGGGCUGCCCCAGCCAAGUCCCUGCCCUGUACAGAGCCUGAGCCCACCCCCUCCAUGGGCAUUCAGGAUGGGAUUGGAAGAAAUCCCUUGUCCCUGGGCUGCAUGUGGCCCUGUCCCCCACUCGUCCUCCCCCAGACCAGCACACGCCCCUAGGGCCGUUGCCCAGCCCGGUGCUUGCCCGCAGCUCCGUCCCCACCUUCGCCUCAGCCACUGACCACGAGCAGGACCCGCCUGAUGCCACCUGACAUAGGAACAAUGACCCAGCAGCACUUCCCGUGCCCUGCCAGCCUUUGGGAUGAGCACACAGCUGCCCUUGGGUGCCAUCCCCUCGUCCCCUCUGUCCCCUCACCCCCUGGGUCAGGCGCUGAGCAGCUUUGCUCUGACUCCAGAAACAGCACCCAGUCCCACAGCUGCCAUUCCCAGGGCAGGAGGUGUUAUGGGAGCCCUGGGUGGUGCCCAGGGUGGGAAUGGAGGGGGAUGGUGCUGGGCUGGGACACCAGGAGCAGCCUCCCUUGCUACUGAAUUAAUGCACUAACGCCGCCGCAGCUCGGGAUGAGAAUAAAGCUAAUGAACACACUGA